AUGCCAUUGGUCAGCGGUAACUACGCAUAUAUCCGCGUUGACGGUGUCAGCACAGGCAGCUUCCAUACAAGCGGCAAGACAACACUUGUUGCACGUGUUGGUCCAAGAAGCAGCUUCAUGGGUCAUGCGCCGAAUUCAACGAGAAGAACCAUCCAAACAAGACAUGGGAGUUCAGAUACAACGAUCCAGCUCGCUCAUCCUUCGUUCUCGUUCUCUUCAAGAAGCAUCUCUUCGGUGGUGACGAAGAGAUCGGUGAAGUCGAGCUCCGCCUCUCUGCUUUCGAGCCAAACACAGUUGUCAGCGAGGAAUUCACACUCAAGAGCCCACACAACAUGCCAGUCCCAGCUCGUGCACGCAUCAGCGUCCACCUCAGCGAAGACGGCAGCUCAGCAUUCUGCGCUCCAGCAGGCGGAAAGAUUCUCGCAAACCCUGAGAUCCCACACAAGGCAACAUACUUCCACUAA